AUGGCGGCUACAACGGUGCCGUUUGGUGUUGCGAGGUUUCAAGAGACUCUGGGGAGGGCGGUGGACUUCUCAGUCGGCGAUAGCCACCGACCUUUUCAUGGAGCUCUCUUCUGCGAUUCACGUCAAGCGCAUCUCCAAAGACCCCGCAGAUCGUAA